AUGACCAACAAGAGUUUCCCAAUGGGCUUCAUUCUUCUGGGCUUCUCUGAAUGGCCCCAUCUAGAAAUGAUUCUCUUCUGGAUUGUGAUCAUCUUGUACACCAUGAUCAUCCUCUCCAACUCAAUAAUUAUCUUACUCUCUUGUGUGGACCCUCAUCUCUACACUCCCAUGUACUUCUUUCUUAGCAAUCUUUCUUUCUUGGAUCUCUGCUUUACCACAACCACUGUGCCCCAUAUGUUGUCCAACUUGUGGGGGCCAGGCAAGAUCAUCACCCACACAGGCUGUGUCAUCCAACUCUGUAUGUUGCUCUGCCUUGGUGCCACAGAAUGUGUCAUGUUGGUAGUGAUGGCCUUUGACCGCUACAUUGCUAUCUGCCAGCCCUUGCACUAUACCAUCAUCAUGCAUCAUCAGUUCUGUUGGAAGCUGGUGCUCAUAGCCUGGCUCUCUGGCCUGAUAGAAUCUGUUACUCAAAUUCCUGUCACACUUCAGCUUCCAUUCUGCACCCACCACCGCCUAGAUGACUUUCUGUGUGAGGUUCCAGCCCUCAUACGGUUGACAUGUGGAGACACCUCUGCCAUUGAAUGGCAAAUGACCAUCUCUGCUAUUCUUUUCACCAUCGUGCCACUGGCAUUGAUCCUGACUUCUUAUGGCUACAUAGCUCAAGCUUUAGGUAAAAUCCAAUCCAAAGAUGGAAGGCAGAAAGCCAUUGCCACAUGUUCCUCCCACCUUACUGUGGUAUUCAUGUUUUACGGAACUGUGGCACCAGUGUAUACAUAUCCUAAGAAUCACUUUGCUUCAACAUAUAGCAAAUUCUUUACCUUCUUCUACACUGUGGUCACACCAUUGUUAAAUCCUCUUAUCUAUUCCCUGAGGAACAAAGACGUAAAGAAUGCUAUGCUACAACUGCUGAGAAGAGGAUCACCAUGAGAAAAAGGUAGAAUUUGAUCUUUGAACCAGAAGGGAAGUUGAAAAUCAUGACAGUCACACAUUCUUCACAAUUUUAAAAGCAUGGUUUGUUUCAAAGGCAGUAAUCUUUUAUUUAACAUGAUUUCACAUGUCAUUUUGUCAAAACAACAAAUUGUACAAAUACAAUGCCAGUUUUUUGGCACCUAAUAUAAGUUUAAUUGUUAAGUUGUAGAAAUAUGAGUUUCUUUUUCAAGCUAGUUGUAUAAAUUGGAUAUUUUUGGAGAAUU